AUUGACGUGGUUCCGAGCAGGAAGCCAGCUGUGACAUCACUUUCCAGAAGUCCCUUUCAGGUUUCAGACAGCCACCAAGAAACAGCUAAAUAAAGGGAGAGCACUACUCUCUGGGAGUCCCGUCGGUUCGAGUUGAUAUCAACGCAUUGUUUUCACAGAAUGUCUCUGUAUCCAUCCCUGGAAGACCUCAAGGUCGACAAGGUCAUUAAGGCUCAGGUCCAGUUUGCACAAAGUACCGCCCCCAUGCCAGCCAUCACUGAGGGAACCUACCAGCCUCAGCCUGUUACUGCUGGGAUGCCAGGAUCCAGUUUGUAUCCUAAUUUGGAGGAGCUUGGAGAUUAUAUGGGACUGGCCCUCAACAGCGAUGAAGUCCAGAGGAACAUGGCUCUUGUGCCUGUGGCUGACAAUCAAGUGGCCCUACCCUCCAGCUCAGGUGUUGGGGCGAUGGUUCGCCCCGUGACGGGUACAGAUGUGGGCAUCGUGAGGGCAGAGAUACGUCCAGGGCUUCGAGAGAUUAUUCUCUGUAAGGAUCAGGACAGGAAGGUCGGGCUCCGUCUCAGGGCCAUCGACAACGGGCUGUUUCUCCAGCUGGUGCAGGCCAACUCCCCCGCCGCCCUGGCUGGGCUGCGCUUCGGGGACCAGGUCCUUCAGAUCAACGGACAGAACUGUGCUGGGUGGAGCACAGACAAGGCCCACAAGGCUCUGAAAGCUGCAGCAGAGACCCGCAUUGAGAUGGUGGUCAGGGACAGGCCUUUUCAGCGCACUGUCACCAUGCACAAAGACAGCACAGGACACGUGGGCUUCAUCUACAAGUCUGGAAAAAUCACCUCACUGGUCAAAGAUGGCUCAGCUGCUCGCAACGGCCUGCUGACCGAACAUUACAUCUGUGAAAUCAACGGACAGAAUGUCAUCGGACUCAAGGAUUCUCAGAUUAAGGACAUUCUGAACACGUCUCCAACCGCCAUGACCAUCACCAUCAUGCCCAAGUUCAUCUAUGAACACAUGAUAAAGAGGAUGUCCACAGGUCUGCUGCGGUCAGCCAUGGAUCACUCUGUUCCUGAGGUGUGAGGACCAGGAGUCGUGCUGAAAACUGUCAAGAUGUCUAAAGAAUACCUACUCUCAUUUCUUUUCUUAUAUCUUUAACUCUCUGUUCUUCUGUCUUCAUAUCAAGAAACCUUCAAAUUCACAUUGCAAUCAUCAUUUUCCUUUAUUACCUGUAACAUAUUCUUAAACGACCUUUUUUUACUCUUCACUUUCUACAUUUUAUGAUGUGUUUUCAUUAGUACUGUCUAUGUUAACUUAGUAGUCUGAUAUGUAGUAUGUUUCUGUUUUUUAUUUAGGGUUAGGAUAAUAGAGUAAGUUUGUUUAAAUAAAAAACAUGCACAAACUAUUUUGGGUCCAGGGCGUCCUCCUCAGUGUGGAGUAGAGUCAGUGACACUUCAUCCUUUUCUAAAUGCUGUAAAAGCUAAUUGGCAGCCAUGCAGAUUACAGAUUUAGUCCCUGCACACCUUUUCUGUAAAUAAUCCAAUAGGAACGAAUACCUGGGCUACCCAUCUAGUUCCAGUGUACAGUCAUUUUCUAUGGCCAGUAGGAGUGAUUUAACACAUUAGUGGUUAUUUUGCGUCCUCCCACUUACUGGUGAGGAUCAUGUUUUAGUCAAACGUAGUGAGUGUUAGGAUUUGAUCAUUUGCUGUCCCUGGAUUUAGUUAAAGGUCUGAACAUAGCAGUUUUCCAUAUUGCCCAGGAGAUGGCGACCUAUUGCAACACAGUUCCAACCUCUGAUGAGCUUGGUUUGCAGGUACUACAAACAAUGUUCACUUACCAUGGUGAGUUGUUGGAAAAGAGGACAACAGACACUGUUUGUCCCCUCGUGCAGCUGGAGGACGGUCCACAUGUGAUGAGGGGAAAAUAAAGUUCCAUAAGAAAAAAUCUGAACAUUAUUAUGGUUGCCUGUUAGGAGGUAGUCAAGUGUUGUGUGGUCUUGUUUCAGUUGAUCAUGUUCAAGGAAAUAGCUGGUAUUAUUUCAGAUGGGGCCUGAGCUGGGCCCGCCCACUAAGUGCACUUUCCAUUACCUUAUAAGAGGUUGUUCCUCCUGUGUCCAUUUUACCAUUUAAUUUCAGCCUUUUUUAAUCUUUGUGGUGCCUCAAUGUUAACUAGAGAACUCAUUUAAAAUCUUGUACUGCGUUUCAUCCCUUUGUAUUCACCCGCUGCCCCCAUGACCGAUGAGCGCAGGGAGACUGAGCAGAGCCUACUCAUGUAAAUUUUUACAUGCUAUAUACAUGUUUCUCCUUUUAUUGCUGUUCAUUUUUGGAUGCAUGUACUCAAGUUUCUCGGUAUGCAAUCUGGUUAAAAAAUGCUGUCAUUCUGUAAAAAAAAAAUAAACAAUAUACAAAAAUCUAGAAGUUUAUAUACGAAUGUAACCAAGAUAAUAUUGUAAAACAAAUAAAGUCUUACGCUGCA